ACCAUCGGGCGCACUGCUCAGAUUUGUUUAUGCAGAACGCGAAGUCUUUGAGCCGAAAAAAGCAGAAAAACGUAGCGAGAAAAGUGCCCCAGUGGCAAAUAAAAAGAUAGCACCUAAGGACCCCAAACACCACACGCCACACAAGAUGUUCAACUUCAUGAAGAAGAGCGCCGGCGACGAAGAGAAGGAGCGCCGCAAGCGGGAGAAGAAGCUGCGCAAAGAGGCUAAGGGCACCACUGGUGGCUCGGGAAUUGGAGGCGUCACUGGCGUCACCGGGAGCAUGAGCACCGACGAGCUACUCCGCUUGGACGAGGUGCGCCGGUCGCUCAAAAUUCGAGGACGGCGCAAGGAGAAGGAGAAACUGCCCAGCGGAAUUACGGCGGACUACAGUGCGGACUUCUUUGCCGCCCUCAAUGCGGACGCGAAUGGCGGCAGCAACGGGGGAGCAGCGGGAGCUGCAGAUCCCGAACAGGAUCGUGGCAAUGAGGAGAUUGUAGCAUCUGUGAUGACGCACAUCGAGAGUCGAGCCUCCAACGGCGCGGGCGUGAGUGUCAACUACAGCGAGGUCACACAUUCCCUGCUCGCCGGUGGGCUCAAGAAUCGCUUCCUGCCGCCUAUACCACCAAAACCGCCCAAGCGUGGCAUCUUAAAAGGCUCCCGCAGCAACAUGACUAAUGUGCACGAGGAGAUCAGCUUUGCGGGAGUUACCGGUGGAACUGGUGGCACUCCAGAGAUGCUCUUGCGGAACACCUUCCAGAAUGAGUCGCUCUACGAGGGAGGCGGCAGGGGAGCUGGUUCGGUUGGCUCCAACUCCAGCCAGCAUGGUACCUCUUUCACCUCCGUGGAGAGCCUGCGUAGCGACGGAGAACAGACGGGUGGUCAGCAGAGGGCCAUGACCCUGCCAGCCAACGCCCGCUACGGAGCCGCGCCCCAGGCCAGCAGCCAGGGAUCCCACCUCCAUGUGCUUACCUCGCCGUCGCCCAGCGCCGACAGUCUCACAGAUACCACAAACUCCUCGUUCGCCACACCCCCCUUCUCUCUGAGUCCCGUUGGCGAGUCGCAGGGCAUUGACCGCUGGGCCCGCGUCCAUGCCUUCGAGGAUGUGGAGCUGCCACUGCCGCCGGUGCAGCUGGUAAAACUUCCGCCACCCAGACAGCUGGUGAUCAGGCGCCAAAAGUCGCCGCGCCAGGACUUUGGCUUCAGCCUGCGCAAAGCCAUUUGCUUGGACAGAACAGAGUCGCUGACUUCACCCAUUUUCAGGCCGGUGAUUUUCGCCGAGCCAGGUGCUGGUGGUGGAGCUACGGGUCUGCUGCCCGGCGAUCGCCUUAUCAAGGUGAACGGAACGCCCGUGGGCGAUCUGUCACGGGAGAUCAUCAUUGAGUUGAUACGAAAUAGUGGCGAGGCUGUUACCGUAGAGGUCCAACCAGUCGCUGAGUUGGUGGAGCUGAGCAAGCGAUGCAUGGCACCCAGCACGGCCACCGUGGAGGAGAUCGAUCAUUCCAUUACCAACGGCAACUGCAACACCCUCCGGCGCAGUGCCAGCAAGCGCUUCAAGCGUCAGAGCCGCCACGAGAAUGGCAAUGGAGGAGUCGGAGGAGGAGGAGGAGCCGAAGGAGUGGGCCACGAUCUGGAGGCGGAUGUGGCGGAUGCCAGUCAGCCGGAGCGUGUUUGGCUGGUGCAUCGCGGUGGCUUCACUGCCGCCAUCCGUUUGCCGACCCCAUCUGCUGGCCGGGAUGAGGAGAACAAGCUCCACCUGCGCCUCCUGCAUAAUGGCGAGCAGCUGAUCGUCGACGAGGACGACGUGGAGAAGCAGAACAGCUCCGCCCUGGACCUCGCUGAGGACAUCUGCGAGCUGAAGUAUCUGAACGAGGCGUCCGUGCUCCACUGCCUGCGACAGCGCUACGCCAGCAAUCUGAUCCACACCAAGGCGGGGCCCACGCUGCUCGUGGUCAAUCCCAUGGCCCCACUGUCCCUCUACUCCGAAAAGGUUGUCUCCAUGUUCCGCGGCUGCAAGACGGAGGACAUGCCGCCCCACGUCUACUCGCUGGCCCAGACCGCCUACAGGAGCCUGGUCGAGACGCGGCGCGACCAGAGCUUGAUAUUCAUGGGUCGAUCUGGUUCUGGCAAAUCCACCAGCUUCAAGCAUGCGCUCAACUACUUGGCGUUGGCAGCGGGUGCCUAUAACAAUUUCAUUAAUGCGGAGAAGGUCAAUGCCUUGUGCACGAUUCUAGAGGCUUUUGGAAAUACGAAAACUUGCCUCAACUCGAAUGCCACUCGGAUGACGCAGCUGUUGAGCCUGGAUUUUGACCAAACCGGCCAGAUUGCAUCUGCUUCAUUGCAGGUUCUGCUUCCAGAGCGACAGCGAGCUGGUCGCCGAUUGGGACACGAGCAUAGUUUCCACAUCAUGACGCGACUUCUGGCUGGCGCCGCCGGUUUGCUGCAGAAGGAGCUGCACCUGGAGAACAUAACCUCCGAGGACAGCCACCCGUUUAUAUCGCUCUCCCAGAAGCUAGAGGACCGCCAUCGAGCGGCCAAUGACUUCAUGCGCACGGUUCAGGCAUUCGAGACGCUGAACAUUGAUGCCAAGGCGGUGCGCGGCAUCUGGAGCAUUCUGGCAGCCAUUUACCAUCUGGGCAUUGCGGGUGUCACAAAACUGGGCACUGGCUCAACAGCCCGCACUCAGUUUGCCAAUCCUACGGCCGCCCGCAAGGCGUCGGGCUUGCUGGGCGUGAAUCUAGAGGAUCUGUCGUCGGCCGCCUUCGGUCUCACACAACCCAAUGCACCCAAUGGCGGUCUAAGUCCCUCGAAGUCGCCCACCUCGGACAAUGGCCACGAGUGGGCCUGGGAAUGCCUAGAGGCGUUGGUCAUUGGCCUCUACUCGGAGGCUCUGGCUGCGGUGGUGGCGUUGGUCAAUCGACAGAUCUGCACUUCCGCCCACACCAUUGCCUCAAUUAUGCUAAUCGACACGCCCGGCUUCCAAAAUCCGGCGAGUUGUGGCCAGCAGGUGGGCGCAACGCUGGCCGACCUGCGCCACAACUAUUUGCAGGAACGGCUGCAGAUGCUCUUCCAUCACACCACGCUGGUGGCGCCCCGCGAUCGAUACGCCCAGGAGCUGGUGGAGAUCGAGAUGGACCAGGCCUCGGAGUGCCAUCCGGGUCCACUGAUCUCUCUGAUUGACAAGGCGCCGCAAAACCAUGUUGUGCGGUCAUCCCAGCGAGAUCUACGUGAUCACGAUCGUCGGGGCAUGCUAUGGCUGCUGGAUGAGGAGGCCAUAUAUCCAAACUCCAACGAUGACACAUUCCUCGAGCGCCUGUUCUCGCACUACGGAGACCGGGAGCAUCACACGCUGCUGCGCAAGUGCGCCGGUCCCCGCCAGUUUGUACUCCAUCAUCUGCAGGGCACCAAUCCGGUGCUCUAUGCCGUUGAUGGCUGGGUGCGGCAUAGUCGCGAGCAUCCGGGCAUUCGGAAUGCCGUGUCCCUGCUUCAGGACAGCAGUCGGGAGGAGAUCAACCGCCUGUACAUUGGCUCACUGACUCGCGGUUCGGGGGCGAUGGUGUUCUGUGGCUCCUUUGCUGGAUUGGAGGGCACUCAGUCGCUGCGACGCGUUUCCAGUAUUCGUCGAUCCUUUACAACGGCCGGAGUGAAGCGCAAUUCCAUCAUGCUUCAAGUGAAGUUCACCGUGGACGGAAUUAUCGAUACUUUGCGUCGCACCGGCACCCACUUUGUCCACUGCUAUCUGUUGCAACACAACGCUGGCAAGCACGCCAAGUUCACAGCAAAUGGAUCGCCCAGCUCUGCUGCGGGUCAGGCGGUUAGCGAGGAGGAAAUGGUCAAUGUGCCACUGUUAAGGAGUCAGCUACGUGGCUCGCAAGUCCUAGAAGCAGCUCGUCUGCAUCGCCUUGGUUUUCCCGAAUCAGUGCCAUUAUUGGAGUUUGUCCGUCGCUUUGGCCUUUUGGCCGGCGACUUGGCCAGCAACAAGGAUGUGAGCGUUGAGCAGAUAUUAGCAGUCAAUGAGCUGGAUGUGGCCAGUUACCGUAUUGGACCUAGUCAGAUCCUCUUCCGAUCAGGAGUACUUAGUGAUCUAGAAGCCAAGCGCGAUGUCCUGCUUUCGGAUCGCAUUAUACAAUUGCAAGCAUUCUGUCGCGGCUACUUGGCCCGCAAAAAGAUGUCCCAGCGGCGAGUACAGGAACUGGCAGUUCGUUGCAUUCAACGCAAUGUUAAGGCAUUCCUUGCCGUUCGCGACUGGCCCUGGUGGCGUCUCCUGGUCCGGGUCACUCCCCUGCUCAACGUCCACCGCACCGAGGAGCAGCUGAAGACGGCCAACGAGGAGCUGAUCAUGCUGCGGGCCAAGCUGGAGAAGAUUGAGUGCGAUCGCAGCGAGGUCAAGGCGGAGAACCAAAAGCUGGAAGCCAAGCUAUCCGAGCUGACGGUGGACCUGGCCGAGGAGCGAUCCACGGCCCACAUUGCCACGGAGCGACUGGAGGCGGAGACCGGGGAGCGCCUGAAGCUGGAGAAGGAGCUGGGCGAUCAGGCCAACAAGGUUAAGAACCUGCAGGAGGCCACCGAGAAGCUGGAAAUGGAGUUGAUAUGCGCCAAGUCCGAUCUCAAUGGCAUCUCCGAGGACGAGGAUGCGGAGAACGAGGAGGGCGGCGGCGGCGCAGGUGGAGUCUAUAAGCUGAAGUACGAGCGGGUGGCCCGGGAACUGGAGUUCACCAAACGACGCCUGCAUACGCAGCAUGAGCACGAUCUGGAACAGCUGGUCGGGCUCAAGAAGCAAUUGGAGAAGAAGCUUUCCGAUGCCUACGAAGAAGUUGAGGAGCAACGUCAGGUUGUGGGCCAAUGGAAGCGCAAGGCACAGAAGAUGACCAACGAGAUGAACGAUCUGCGCAUGCUGCUCGAGGAGCAAAAUGCCCGCAACAAUUUGCUCGAGAAGAAGCAGCGCAAGUUCGAUGCCGAGUGUCAGUCGCUGCAGGAUGCGGCGCGCCAGGAGCGGCAGGCCAAGGAGCGCUACGGUCGCGAGAAGGACGUCCUGCAGGCGGAGAAGUUCACGUUGGAGCAAACGCUGGCGGACACACGUCUGGAUCUUGACCUCAAGGAGGAAAAACUCGCCUCGCUGCAGCGCGAACUGGAGGAGAUGACCUUUGGCGGCGGCACCGAGGAGGAGUUUGCCCAGCUGCGGCGCUCCAAGAACGAAACGGAGCGUCGGGCCAAGGAGCAGGAGGAGGAACUGGACGAGAUGGCCGGCCAGAUCCAGCUGCUCGAGCAGGCCAAGCUGCGCCUGGAGAUGACCCUGGAGACGAUGCGCAAGGAGGCGCGACGUGAGUCCCAGCAGCGCGACGAAGAGCUGGAGGAGGUGCGAGGCAAUGGCUACAAGAAGAUCAAGGCUCUCGAGUGCCAGCUGGAAACGGAGCACGAGGAGCGGACGCUGCUGCUGCGGGAGAAGCACGAGCUGGAGCGUCGGCUCUCCUCCAUGGAGGACCGUGAUCGCGUUGAUCGCGAUGCCGAGGAAGCCCUCAACCAGAAGCUUCGGCGGGAUCUACGCAAAUACAAGGCCCUGCUCAAGGAUGCCCAGACACAGUUGGAGCGCCUCAAGGCAGACACGCCCGGCAAGACGCUCAUCCGACAGCUGCGCAACCAGCUGGAAGAUGCCGAGUCCGCCCGUUCGCUGGCAAUGAAAGCGCGGCAAACGGCCGAAGCCGAACUGACCGAGGUGCAGGCCAUGUUCGAAGAGUCCCAUCGUGCCAGGAACGACGCCGAGGAGCGAGCCAAUGCGGCACACAGGGAUCGCGCCGAACUGCAGGCCCAGAUCGAGGAGAACGAGGAGGAGCUGGGCGAGCUGAUGAAGAAGUACAGCGCCACGGUGAAGCAACUGAACACUGAGCAGAUCAACGUGUCCGAGGCUGAGUUCAAGCUGAACGAGAUGGAAGCGGAGCGCAACAAUCUCAAGGAGCAGGUGGGCGAGCUGCAACACCGCCUGGAUAACGUAGAGAAUCUGGGCGAUCCCUCUAUGGCCAUGAUGUCCAAACGGUUGGAGCUGCGCACCAAGGAACUGGAAUCCCGACUCGAACUGGAGCAGGCCACUCGCGCUCGUCUCGAGGUGCAGGUGAACCGUCACAAGGAGGCGUUGGAGAAGCUGCAGAACGAGGUGACACAGUCAAAGAUGCGUGAGAUGCAGGCCCAGGAUGUGAUCAAGAAGUCGCAAAAGAGUCUGCGCGACAUGCGCGAGGAGUUCCACACGGUCUCCAGUCGCGAACAGGAGUCGCUGACGCGGCGCAAGGAUCUCGAGAAGAAGAUGGAGCAAAUGGAGUCCGAGGGGGCGGCCCUGAAGAACGAUCUGCGCCUGGCCCUGCAGCGGAUAGCGGAUCUCCAGCAGGCCAUGGAGGAGGAGGGCGAGGAAGAGCUAAGCGAAAGUGAUGAGAGCAUCAGCUCGGUGGGCUCAAUCAGCGAUCUGGAGGAUCGGCUGCGGCCAGUGCAUGUGAAGCGCAGCUCACAGCAGUCGCUUAACGGAAGCAUCGGCGGCGGAGGUGGCUCCGUUGUCAGCUCCACCCGCACCGUGGUCUUCGAAAAGGACGACAACAGCCCUAGAAUUACAGUGACGUCGCCAUCGUCGCCACACAUUCAUAAGCUGGCACUGGCGGCCAAAGCCAUACCGGCCCACAAACCGGACACAAAUCCUGCAGCAGCCGUGGCCAAAACCAGGAUGGGAUUGGGACUAACAGUGCCAGUGGGCCAGCAUAAUGGCCAGGAUGCUGCUGGACUGGCCAAGCCGUAGAUCCAUAUUGGGGCUGCUAUUUGUAAUUUGUAAUUUUUAUUUUUUGGAUAUUUAUUAAUUGUUUAUCAUUAUUAUUUGAUUACUGUUUAGUUCAAUAUGUUUAACUAUUUAUUAUCGAAAUAUAGCUACAUGAUAAUAUAUGAUAUGAACCCUAUAGGCAUUCAACAGCAAUGCUAGAUCGUAGUUAAUUUAAUUUGCGCGACAGUCCCUAAAUAAAAAGUGAUUAACAUGUUUUAUCUCUCUCAAAACAAGCAAAAACAAAAACUGGAACUAACACCUAUAGCCUAUAUAGAAUAUAGUCCAUUAUCCUAUAGCCAACUUAAAUGAAAUUAGUUAAACGCGUUUCAAAAUCAUAGGCAAGUGUAUGCUAAACGCAAUAAAUUAAACCUUUAAUCAAAUUAAA